AGACUUUAAGGGUUUUACAGAUCGAAGUCGCGGAAGAAGAAGAAGAUGUUUCUCACUAGGACUGAGUAUGACAGAGGAGUCAACACUUUCUCCCCUGAAGGCAGGCUCUUCCAAGUCGAGUAUGCCAUUGAAGCUAUCAAGCUUGGUUCUACUGCAAUUGGAGUGAAGACAAAGGAAGGAGUUGUGCUUGCUGUUGAGAAGCGUAUCACCUCACCUUUGCUGGAACCGAGCAGUGUCGAGAAGAUUAUGGAAAUUGAUGACCAUAUUGGUUGUGCCAUGAGUGGUUUAAUUGCUGAUGCGCGUACACUUGUUGAGCAUGCAAGAGUUGAAACUCAAAACCACAGAUUCUCGUAUGGUGAGCCCAUGACUGUGGAGUCCACAACACAAGCGCUGUGUGAUCUGGCUUUACGGUUUGGUGAAGGAGAUGAAGAAUCAAUGUCCCGGCCAUUUGGUGUAUCUCUUCUCAUUGCUGGUCAUGAUGAAAACGGACCAAGCUUGUACUACACGGACCCGUCUGGAACAUUCUGGCAAUGCAACGCAAAGGCAAUUGGUUCAGGCUCAGAAGGAGCUGAUAGCUCUCUUCAAGAGCAAUUCAACAAAGAUCUGUCACUCAGUGAAGCUGAGACGAUCGCUGUAUCUAUCCUCAAGCAAGUUAUGGAAGAGAAGGUGACUCCGAAUAAUGUGGACAUUGCCAAGGUAGCACCAGCGUACCAUCUCUACACUCCAGAGGAAGUGGAAGCCGUCAUUAGUCGUCUUUGAGGAUGAUGGGUGAUGUAUCUAUCCAACUUGUUCCAGUUCGGAUUCUGAAACAAAAUCACUUUCGUUCAGUUGGUCUGGUAGAUUGAUGUUUCAUGUGACAUUUUAUGUCUUGUUAUGUAAGAGAACCUUUACUUUCCCAUUAUCAUUCUAGAACACUCUUGGAUUUGGGUGACUCAGAAAUUUCUAGUCUCAUGGCUUCGUUUCGUUAGCUGCUAUUGGGUCGGAAUCACGUUUGCUGCCUUUGUCUUGACAGUAAAAUCAUUCGGCCGAGUAACAAAAGUCAUGAUCAACCUUACAGAUGCAAGCUGAACCUUUUUAAUCUUAUUUUGUUUAGUGUUGGUUAGACAAUUAAACAACAAUUAUCUCUUUGUUCAAUGGUUAAUAGCUUGAUUUCUACAAAAUUUGGUUUAAAUUCUACAACCUUUGAUUUAAAUUUUGUGUACUCUAUAAAUUAAAUUUUUC